AUGACUCAUGCCCACACCCUUGCUGCUGCUGCUGAUGAUGAUGAUAAUAAUAAUGAUAAUGAUGACGAUAUUACAACAGCAGCUGAUCUUAAUAUUAAUGAUGCUUUUUCCUCAAAUGAUGAUUACGAUGAUGAAGAUGAACAAGAUGAUACUCGAAAUUUAAUAAAUACAACAAAAGAAGAGUUUUCUGGAAUGAAAGUUUUUAAUAUGGUGCAGCCACAUAUAGAACAUUCUUAUUUUAAAGCUACAAUCAAUGAUGAUAUAAAAUAUAUACAUAAACGGACUGCUUGUUGGUUAUUAACUGAUGAAAAAAGUAAAAUGUCAAACGAUCGAUUGCUUCGAGUACAACAGAUUAAUAAAAAAAGUUGA